GGGGAGCAGGACGCUGCUGCUAAGAGAUGGCUCGGGAUGGGGAGUGAGCCUGGGGCCGAGGACGGUGCCAUCUUUCUGGGCGUCGGGGCGCUCUCGCGACGUUCGCUGAGAGACGUCACCUACUGGAUGGAGGAUCUGUACGUCUGGGGUGAGAAUGCGUACGGUGUUAUUGACAGUGCGGCGACUACGAAGCCGGCGAGGCGGAAGAAGACCAAAAGCAGGCGGUUUCCGUCUUCUCCUCGUCCUCCUUCUCCCCCACCACCACCACAACCGAGUUCGACCCGACCGACUUCGCAGCCACCUGCUGGCGAAGUUACAGUAUUCGGCCCUCCGCCGCCUCUAAUCGGGCCCGGACGGUCUGCUAUCACAGACUCUGCAGAGCCUAGCCAGACGCAAAGAAGUCCCGAAGCGGGACCUGAAGGCGGAGAAGGCGGUGGAGGAAUGGACAAAUUGGUCAAUUACCUAAAGAUGGGAUAUGGCACAUAUUGGACACUCGGGAGUUCCCCGUCGGGAGAACAGCACAACCCCACGGCGAAGGGAGGUGGUGGCGUGGCAAAAGCGGACGAUGCACAACAGGCCUCCAAGGAUGAUGCUGCCGGGCACUAUCUCGUCGGCCUAGUGGGCGAUGUUGACGAGGACGGGACGGGAAGUGAUACGGAAGACGUCCAGGUCCACGGCCGCUCUGGGCAAGGAUCUAACCGCCAAACUCAUCUUCGAACAUUGACAGUCGAGCUCAAGAGCAGAGAAGACCCUCCAGAGUCUCAAGACACAAAAGACUCGGAGAGCCAGGUUACGGAGCAUGACAAACGGCGGGGCGAUGGCCGGGGAGAUACCAUGGAAACCGACGAUCCGGUCUUGAACAGCCAGGGUGGGAACAAAACGAAAUUGCAAGCCGUGGUCUACGUCAAUAGGCCUUUCAUUUUCACAUUCCUAUUUCAGCCUGGCACCCAAUCCCUAGCCUCCGAAGGUCUAUACCGAUCUCUCCAUUAUCAAGUAGCUCCCCUAAGGAAACACCUGAUCAACUCUACCGCCUACAGGCCUGGGAGGCCUGACAUAGGCUCGCCAGCAGUGCAAAUAUACGAUCUCGUCUGGGACCCGAGAGCUAUGACGGUACACUCGACGAUCCCAAACAUCCCCGACCCGGUGCCCUCGGCGCAGGCAGCCGGAGCGCAGAUAUGGACUCGGGCGGAGGCACUCAGCACGCACACGCAGAUCCUGAACAUGCUGGCGGCUACGCGGGCGGACGACUCGGAGCUCGAGCGGACGGCCAAGACGACCCGCGGAUGGUGGAUUGUCUGGAGCCGGAUCAUCCAACGCAAAACCCGCCCCGCCGCCAGGCCGCCGUCCUCCGAAGGAUCCGAGAGGCGGCGUUCCGAUGCAGACUCGUUCUGCGAGGACGGCGAGGGUGGUGAGGGAGAGGUGCACGGCGUGGUCACCAGCAAGGAGAUCUUCCUCAUCCGCAAGGCCGGAGACCGCGGCUCGUCUGGCGCUAUGAGAGGCGUCAGUGGUUCGUAUGUCACGGGGGGCGGUGGAGGGUGGGCGGAUGGGGCAAGCCGCCUUGCCCAGGGGAUUGGUAUCGACACAAGGAAGUACAUCGAGGGAUUGUUGAGUCUGAACCGCUAGUGCAUGCCGAAGAUGCCAGGAAGGAUACGGGCCGUCCUGUUGGCCCAGCCCCUCGCUGCCUGCGCCACCUUGCAAACAAAGACGGUUGAAUAGGAGUACGGCGCCAUAGGCAGCCACGCCUUCGGGAUUCCGUGGCUAUUUGGGCCCAAGUCCCAUGUCUCCCGAUAAAACGGGAACAGCAGGCAACCGUGUAAACCAACAGAACGCCAUGGGGCGUGGAUGUCCACAAUUGCCCCUUAUUAGAUAGCUACUUAGCUCUGGAAUAAGCAACAAGUUAUAAGA